UAAUAAUUAUAAUGCAUUAAAUGCAUGUUUUUAGUAGUAUAAUAAUUUUAAAUCAAAAUGGAAUUCUUUCCUAACACGUGCCGAGUUUGUUUAAGGGUGGAAGGUUCAGUACCACUCAUUAAUUGGAAUCAAUCUGUCCAUGUCGAGGAUUUGAAUAAAAGUUUAUCAUAUUCUGAAUGUUUUCAGCAGUGCACUCAAUUGAAUUUAAAUUAUGAAAAUAGUGGAAAUGAACAUUCAAUGAGUAGAUACGAACAUUUUUGCAGUAGCUGUGCUAUCAAACUCAAAGACGCGUACUUAUUUAUUACAAAAGCUCUUGAAUCAGACAAAACUUUGCGUAUGGAUUACUGGAAAUCAGAUUCCGAUAAUAAUAAGAAGUUUUUUGAAUGGGUUGGGGUUGGUAAAGAAUAUACAAAAGUUGAUCUCAAGAAAAGGGAGGAGGAGGAGGACCAAAUCAGCUUGGGAGACAAUACAUUUUUUGAUGAAAACACAAWUUCACAAGGCUGUGUUCAAAAUGUGCAUGAGGAAAGCUUUCAAGAAUCUGAAGUAUUAAAUUCAUCAAAGUUAAUUUUAUCCAGCAUAUCUAAACAUAUCCCUUCCAACGAAAAUCGUUGGAAAAAAGACAUGACAAAAUCAGGAAUCGAAGAAAUUAAUAAUGYGGUUUGUGGAAUCAGCAGAAAGUCAAUGAUUAAAACACAGGUUUUACGCCAUUCCUGCAACCGAAGUGUAGAAUCCUUUCUCUGCAAAUCGUGUCCUCGCACCUUCAGACAUCGCAGUACCUUAACACAACAUGAACUUAUACAUGAAAGCAACAGGGAGCGAAAGUUUGAUUGUGGAGUGUGCGGAAGAAAAUUUUAUACACAAAUGGCACGCAGAAAUCAUUUAAAAACACAUGAUCCCAGUCGGAAACCAAGAUUCCACUGUAAUGAUUGUGGUCAGUCUUUUAUGUUCAAGGGCAAUCUUUUAGUGCAUCAACAAAAACAUGCUGGUCAAACUAUUCAGUGUACAUUUUGCCAGAAACGCUAUGUACGUGCAGUAGAUCUAGAAGUCCACCUACGAAGUCACACAGGCGAUACACCAUUCAAGUGUGAUAAGUGCGAAAAGGCUUUUACAAAAAGGUCUACAUUACAAAAGCAUUUACAAUUACACGAGGGCAUCCAAUGGAAAUGUGAAGAUUGUGGAAAAGAAUACUUAUAUGAAUGGACGCUUCAAAGGCAUCGUUUAGAACACACUGGUUUGCCGUUAAAAUGUUCAAUUUGUGGAAAGGAAUUUCCUGAAAUGUACAAAAUUCGGCGCCAUAUCAAGUGUGUUCACAAAGUUAACUUGUCCGAAUUGGAAAAUUUCGUCGUGAAAUUAAAGGAUAAAAAGAAACGUGACAAUUUAUCACUAAAUUCUUUGGACGCAAAAAGAGAGGCAAAAUUAUUUAAUAGUUAAUUUUUAAUAUUUGCAAUUAUGUGUU